UUCUUUAAUUGCAGAAUUAACAAGUGUUAAAAAGACAACUAUGACAAGUCAGAAGAACAGCCGACCUUUUCAACGUGCCCAACCGCCAACGAGUAGCCAAAUCAGCUGCAACCGUACCUAUCUGCGCUAUGACCUGUGCUCAAUCGACGGCCCAACUGUCUUGGACCCCACCACCUAUACAUUCUUCACCGUGGGCCCCACCAGCCCCACCGUGCAAGUGGAGAAAAUCAAGCCCUACCCGAGAAAAUACGAAGAUUACAUCAUGGCCCAAAUCAAAGAGCUCUCAAUCACCUCAGGCCCACCUAGCCCAUCAUGCACUAUUCAACACGAUGCCCCAGCCCUAGUAUUCAGUGCGGGAGGGUACAGCGGAAAUUUGUUCCAUGCUUUCAAUGAUGGGUUCAUCCCUCUCUUCAUCACCGCUAGUUCUAUCUACCCUGACCGUGAUUUUAUCAUGGUGGUCUCGGAGGCCCAUGAUUGGUGGCUUGGUAAGUAUGCAGAUUUACUAAAAGUUUUUAGCAAACAUCCGAUUGUUACCCUUGAAAAGGAUAACGCCACUCAUUGUUUUCCUUCAGCCACUUUAGGCCUCAUAUCACAUGGUUUCAUGACUAUAAACCAAACAUUAAUCCCAACCUCAAAAACGUUCAUGCAUUUCCGGGGUCUCCUAGACAAAGCCUAUUGCCGUAACCCUAUUUCCUCUCCUCCCCACCGUCCCAAGUCCGAGCCCCGACCACGUUUAAUUUUAACAUGUCGCGGCAAAAAUGUUGUACGAAGGAUAAUAAAUCAAGAUGAAAUAAUUCAAAUAAUGAAAGAAGUGGGAUUUGAUGUUAUAGUAUUCGAACCAACCAGUCACACACCUCUUCACGAGGCGUACGCAAUGUUGAAUUCAAGCCAUGCCAUGGUUGGGGUGCAUGGUGCGGCACUUACACAUGCAUUGUUCCUUCGGCCAGGGUCGGUGUUCAUGCAAGUGGUUCCAAUCGGGCUAGAUUGGGCAGCGGAUGCGUUUUUUGCUAGGGUGGCUAAAGGGUUAAAUUUGGAAUACAUUGACUAUAAGAUUGGGGUUGAAGAAAGUAGCUUAGUGGAAAAGUAUGGGAAAGAUAAUAUGCUGUUAAAGGAUCCCUAUGCUCUUCGAAAGAAAGGGUGGCCAACAGAGAUUAUGGACAUUUAUUUGAAGGAACAAAAUGUCAAGCUUGAUUUGGUAAGGUUUAGGAAAAGUUUGGAGGAUGCUUAUUUGAUGGCAAAGAAGUUUAUGCAUAGGGAAGGAUAA